GAACUGGAAAGUCCUCCGCCCCCUUCCCCAUAUCAUCUCAAAUGAAAGCAGUUCCGUAUUCCGUGCCGCUGCUACAACCAUCACUUUCAAUAGCCCAAAUUCGUUUAAGCCUGUUUGUAAAAAUCAAUGCGCAUCAUCGACAUGGACCCAUCAUGCGUAGAAGGUCUGUCUAAAAGGCAUGUUUAAUUACCAGUGAUGUCAUGAAGAAUGAGAAGGCCAGGGGCCCUUCAGCAGAACACUGCAGUUGAGCCACAGAGUGGUUGAAUCUCCAUUCUUCCUUCAUCCUUACUCCAUCUGUUUUCCCUCCAUCCCCACUUUGGUAACUUGACAAUGACAUCACAUAGGAAACACCUGGUGAGGGACUUCAACCAUUUCAUCACCUGUUAUGUCUGUAAAGGGUACCUGAUCAAGCCCACCACCGUGACAGAGUGCCUGCACACCUUUUGUAAAAGCUGUAUAGUCCAGCAUUUUGAGGACAGCAAUGAUUGCCCAAAAUGUGGUAUCCAGGUUCAUGAAACGAAUCCCUUGGAGAUGUUAAGGCUGGACAACACUCUAGAAGAAGUCAUAUUCAAACUUGUGCCUGGUCUUAGAGAAAAGGAACAGCAGCAAGAAGUUGAAUUUUGGAGAAGAAACAAAUCGAAAGAAAAUCCUGAUGAGGAUGGCCCUAUAUGUAAGAAAGCCCGAGUAGAUGAAGAGGAUGAUGAUAAAGGUGAUGGAGACUACCACAGGAGUGAUCCUCAGAUAGCCAUCUGUCUAGACUGCUUGCGUAACAAUGGGCAGAUGGGAGAGAACAUUGUUAAGGGUUUAAUGAAAAAAUUUAUUCGCUGCUCAACAAGAGUGACUGUUGGAACAAUUAAGAAGUUUUUAAGUCUGAAGUUAAAGCUUCCCAGUUCUUACGAGCUAGACGUUCUAUGCAAUGGUGAGAUCAUGGGUAAAGACCACACCAUGGAAUUCAUCUACAUGACCCGCUGGAGGCUUCGGGGAGAAAAUACAGUUCGAGGCAGGCUUUUCAGAGAGACUGAAAAUAAAAGAUGAUGCAGUGGAAACUACAUUGGAUCAGACAGUAAUGUCGCAACACACAAGUGUAUACCCAAUGGUACUUGAAUAUCGACCACGCAUUGACUUUGGCUAGGUUGAAAUACCCUGCACUAAUUUCAGCUUAUGAACAGACAGCGAAUUGAAUGGAGAUGUCCAGUUCUGAAGAUGUGUUCUACCCAUCUCUUCUUGUUUAGUUUCAUUAGUUUAGUUCUUGUGAAAAGAUUGUCACUUACAACAUUGUGAUUUAUGUCUCUUCCUGUGUUGUGGUUUAUUUACCAAAGUGACAAGAAAGUCAUGGUCUUCAGCAGUUUGCAUAUGAUGGUAGCUCCCUUUGAAAAUGUCACGAUAUAAAAA